CCAAGCAACAAUGACAACUAUAACCAAAAGAUAGCCAGGCAUUGUGGUGGGCACCUGUAGUCCCAGCUACUUGGGAGGCUGAGGCAAGAGUUUGAGGUUGCAACAAAACUUAAGCCAAAGAGUUUGAGGAUGCUGUGAGCUGUGAUGCCACAGUACUCUACCCAGGGUGACACCUUUUGUUUUGUCUCAAAAAAAAAAAAAAAGAAAAGAAAAGAUAGAUAAAUAAAAGUUAUCUCACUGGGUAGGUAAGACUUAAAAGGAAUGAAUAAAGAUUUGGAGAUACUGGUCAUUAUGAUGGAUAAUCAUGAUUGUUUUCUUCCAAAACAGAUUUAUUCUCAUAGACGAGCAGCAAGGACAGAUGUAGAAUCAGGCUCAGUCCCAAGGAGGGGCUUUUUUGAAUUUCUGCAUAGAAGAUGCUCAUCGCAGAGUGAAAGCCAGGAGGGCUUUUUCUGGUUAAGGCGUCCACUUUGGCUGAGGGAUAUGUACAGACCUCUCAAUGCCACACGCAAGAAAAACAUGGCCCAGAAGCUUCACGACAAGGAGUCUUCUGAUGAGGAAGAGAUUUACAAGAAGGAUGCAGGCGAGCCCAUAUCAACAGCAACACCUGUGGAUUCGGCUGCUGAAGGUGGUGAGGAAAAUGAGACAGUGCCAGAGGGGGAGGACGAAGAGUGA